AUGCUGGAUCCCCAGCCUGCUUCUACAAGGUCUACUGAUCCACCCCAAGCUCUUCCUAGAGCUGAUGGCGUACAGCCGGUCCAAGUGUCUUCUGGCGAAGAUAACCCCUCGCCUGUUCAGAGUCCUACCACUGGCGGUAGACCUGGACAGGAGGGUGCUGCUGCUUCAAGUGGUUCACAGCCGAGGUCUCUACUCUAUAUGUCCGAUCAUCAGCAAGGAGAGUUCAGCCUUCUAAGUCCCUCUCCUACGGAAGUGGAUAAUGCCGCUCUACCGGUCAGCCGACACUUCGGCCUUGACAGUUCUCCGGAGUCAAAGCCGUCCGAGACUUUCGAUCGUCGAGGCCUUCCCGAACAAGCUUCUUACCAGGUCCACUAUAACUAUUCUGCUCCGCCAUCCAAGACUCCAUCCCCGGCGCCGCUUUUACGUCCAAGGGUGGAGCAGCCUUCGUUGGUACAACAGAAACCCCAAUGCGAUGUUGUGGACCGACACCCUCCCCAACCAGCCGGCCAGCCUGGUCAUAUCAAUGCUCUGUUCCAGCAGUUCUGCGACUUCAUGGCGUCUCAGAACUGCUCACCUACGGCACCUGCAAACUUCGGCCCGGUUGGCAUUGAGAGGCAACCUGCGGCGUCUAUCAUCGACUUACCUUCUCCGCCUGCUCCGACCCUCUCUGCCCCGAAGCCGAUGGUCGCUAAUACCACUCCGCAAUUCGGCCCGACGGGUAACAACAUCGUCCUUGCUGAUGCUGACGACAACAUACGGAGCAUUGAGCGGAGUAUUCUGGCGGAUAUCAAUGACCGUCGAGGACGUCCGACCCCCGGAGAUAGUUGGGCACAAGAAAGGUCGAGAAUGGCUGCAGCCUCGGCCAAGGGUCCACCGGGGGGAAGUUGGCGAGGUCCAGCGGACGUGACGGAGGUCAGAAGUCUUGGGGACUUCCUACAUGAACUUGAAUGCUCCUCAAUGGUGUUCCGAUUGGGAACGGACAGCUUUAGGUUUAUUUACCUCUUCGAGAACUUGGGUACCCAUGUUGCCCUUCAACUAAGCCUGAAGUUGGAGUCUACCUACGGUGCUAUUGGUAAUAUCCCCCAUGGUCGUCAGUAUGAAGCAGCAGUGGCCGCUUUGCGAUCGAUCUACACGUCGGUGCAGGGUAACGACGAUAGUUCUGUCCUUAAUCGGUGGUAUAUCCUCAAUGCUGCUGACUUCCCUACCUACCAACUUUUUGAGGAAGAGUUCACCACCUUACUAGCUCAGCUCCGACGACGUGGCCAUCUACUUCCGGUAUCACAGGCCAAUGGCCGCUUGCUCGCGGCUCUGCCAUCAGGAGUGCGUGCCUGGGCAUCCGACCACCUCUCUCUAAUGCUGGACGAGAACGAGUUCCAACGUCGAGUGCGGGUCCAUUGCGUUAACCACGGCAUUGGAACGGGAUGGAGCACUUUGAAGCCAGGACAUUGGGUCCUGGAUAAGCACGGUCGGUAUGUUAAGAAGCUCACCUCAUGCUCUACGGCAGUGUGCACUUCCGGCCCGUCAGCUAAUACUCUCCCUUCCGUGGCUACUGUUCACGAGACUACCUGGUCUCAGAGUACUCCUCCUGCUGUUCACCCUGGUUUGCCCCCUACUUCGGUGCCUUCGGCCUCGGCCAACGGCGUCCUGGCAAUGCUCCUGGCCAGAAGAGGCCAAAACUCACUUGCUAUCGUUGUCGUGAUCAAACAGGUGGUCAUUCUUUCAACGACUGCCCAGCCUCUUCCCCCGACUGAAAUCGACAAGCGUUGCCGCAAGUGUGGACUUCACCGUCACAAGACUGAGCAAUGUGACAACCGCAUAGUUGCGGCUGGUAUUCCUUGCGGUCGCUGUCUGCAAGCUGGCCAUCUUGCUUUCAUAUGCCCUGCCGAGAAGCCCCGCAAGCUCCCCGUCCAGUCUAAUGCUACGCUGCUUGCUGAUGCAGCCUCUUUGGUGCCUGGUAUAACGGUUGAUAUGUACGAGCCAGCUGAGUCUUUGGGGUGUAUUGAUACACCAGCUCCUGCUGGUCCUGGUGCUCUCUGUUCUUCUAUCAAGGUGGUAUCUGAGAUGGGUCAUGAGAAUCCGGUAUCAGUGGCCUGUCUGUUGGAUACGGGUGCCAGCUGUAACUUCGCUCAGCUUUCGGUGGCCAAUCGUCUGGGACGAGUGGUGACAUUACCAUCUCCGAAGCCUUUUCGCGUGGCCAACAAACAAACCUUCUUCGCCACUCAAGCUGUCCAACUCACGGUGCUGACCAUUAGCUCUCGUAUCAAGCUGGACUUCCUAGUGGUGUCAGAGCUGACCACUCCCCUGGUCAUCGGUAUGCAUGGUCUUUCAGCCCUGGGGAUGAUGAUAUGGAUAUCUCCUGGAGCUUGCUCGGUCAGAACUGGUAUCGGCCCGUUACAGUGGCACCAAGUUCAAGAAAGCCUAGCCAAGCAUCGUCGACAGCCCUCUAAGAAGAGUGCUGGGACACAGGCCGAUGACGUUACCCGGCCAACCGACUUGCUUACUCUGGUAGACAACCCUAUCCGGUAUGCUGAAGCUCUCGACAGCCACCACCACUGUGACGUUUUCCCCUUCUCUGGGGCACCCGAGUGUCUAGCCGGUCUAUCCCCUGCUAUCAGUGAUCUACAGUCUGAUGACAGCCCAAUCCUUAGCCAGGCUUAUGACCUGUCCGAACCCAAGGUGGAUACUCCAUCCUCUACUGAUGAGGGCACUACUCAGGUGAUGGACUUCGACCUGCCCUAUAGUGAGCUGUACUCUCAAGGGCCUAAAGAUCUGCUCGUCUCGGUCGACAAGGGUUCUAUGGUACUCAAGAAUGGGAAAGUCAUCAUUGCUCGCCGUAUGACCAUGCAGCUGCCCUUCAUUGGUGCUGGUCGUACUCCACCCUUUCGGUUGAGGCAGCUCAUCCGCCGUGACUUGGCCCUGCUCAGCCGAUUGCAGCAAUCGGGUCAUCUCGAGAUUUAUGACGGUCUUCUGGACUCCUUCAAAAAGGCCCGCUAUAUUCGGCCCGUGACGACCAGUGAUGUCGAGGCCGAUCUAAGUGACUCCUACUACAUGCCUCACUUCCCAGUGUUCACUACUUCCAAGACCAGUCCGUGCCGUCCGGUGUGGUGUGGUAACGAGCUCUCCUCCUACCUCUGUCGCGGUUAUAUCUCAGAUGUGGAGGCUACCAUUAUCAGUUCAUGGAUGGCGCUGCGCACUAGCCCUUUCUAUGCGACCACAGAUCUCAGCCGUGCGUUCUAUUCGCUCAAGGUCAAGAAAAGUGAUCGCAAGUACCAGCGCUUUAUCUAUCGUGGAUCUGCCUUUGAGUUCGCCGUUGUCAUGAUGGGAUUGCGUCCCAGCCCGGCCAUGCUUAUGCGAGCAUUGCGUCCUAUCGCUUCUCUGGCAAUGUACAUAUUGACGUUUCUCUUCGGUGACCCCGGUCCGCAGGGAUCCGCUAUCGAUCCUGCUUUUGUUCGGCCCGGACCGAUCACUCGCCACUUUGCCACCUACGGAGACUUCUCCAGUUACAAUACGGCGCUAUCCUGGUUGCGUCUGUUCCUGGAUGAUGCUACGCUGACGGCUAAAACAGAGACUGCAAGAUCGACGGGCAUCGAGGUCUUCAGAGGAGUCGCCAGAUACUUUGGUUUCCUUUGUGAGGAAGACAAAGAGAGCGAUGACACUAGUGCUAGCGUAGUGAAGCAUUUGGGUGUCCUGAUCCACCACGGCUCCCUUAUAUCACCGGUCCGCGUGGCACCCCUAUCCUCUCUACCGGAGACCUCCUUCAGCGAGCUUGGCGAAGACACUCUCCUUAGUCUUGACCAUGCUCCUGCACUCUCACUGGAGCACUUCACUCAUAUGGAUGCACUUUCCUUCUGUGGCCUCGACAAUCUCUCGGACCUGGGCGUGACCCCUCGGAUGGUUGACUCAUGGUUACGUCAAUUCUUCGAUCCGAUGGGGCUUUGGCUGGAGCUUAUGCUACGUGGUCGACUUCUACAUCGUAAACUCUCCUCUGUAGUGACGUCACCCGAUUCUACUGUGCAUGACGUUGCUCUUCUGACGGAGCUAGUGGGCCUUUACCGUGCCCUCUCUAGUGUGCCGAGAGUUUCCCGUUACCUUUCCGGCCCGUUCUUCAUCACUGUCGACGCUAGUAAGGAGAUCAUUGCCGUCGUGGUCUGCGACAAGCUUGGGACACGGCUUUUCGCUCGAGCUCAAGUCAUCCCUUCGGCCCGUCUAUCUUGGACCAUAGUGAGACAGGAGCUUACGGCUAUUCUCCUCGGUGUUGAAGUGGGCACCUUCCUCUCCAGCCUCGGUGUGAAGGCUCGGUAUAUGUGCACGGACAGUCUCAUCAACCUCGCUCGUUGUACUGCCAGCAAGUUUCGUACAAAAGGCUUACCAGCGUGGGAGAUUCUGAACAUCCAUAAAGCGCGUGAGGGAUUGGUCAAGCUGGGACUGUCGCUACAUCAUAUACCUGGUCGAUUCAACCCCGCUGAUGGCCCUACUAGAUCUCGUGUUAUCGAUCUAGGUCCUCAUCUAGAGAAGGAGCAACUGCAAUUCUUUGAGGACCUUCUACGUCAGCCGCACCGCCCCCUUCGAUUCUGGAGUACUGCCGAGAUUACUUCAGAGGUCGCCGAGGGCCCGGAGGAUGUAGAUAUUGCGUUGCUGUCAGCUGCUACUGAUGACCCUCCGCCCCCUGCACCUGAGGUUCCCGAGGGCUUCUCCAAUGACCUAUUGGCUAGGAUUCGCUCUGAGCAGCAAGAUGAUCCCCUAUGCAAGAAUAUUGUCCGAGUCUUCUCUGGGAGCUGUUCCGACUUCACUGCGAGCUAUAUUCGAAACCUCAGGAAGUUCUUCAACAUCGAUGAUGAUGGCCUGGUUCUCCGCACCGUCGAAGCCCCUGAUGGAAGACCUACCAUUGUUGUCCCCUCCACCUUGGCCAGUGAAGUGAUUGAAGCGGUACAUGUAUGUGCGAGUCAUCCUGGUCGUGACCGAACUCGUCAGUUGGUGUCCCGUUAUUUCUGGUGUAAGGGUCUCUUCAAGUUAGCCAACCGUAUCGUAUGCUCAUGCGAUACCUGUAGGCGUACGAAGAGCACUAGGCUGCACCGGCAUGCCCUUGGACGGGCUCGUAUCCGAUCCUCACUUCCAGGUGAGCUGCUUGGGAUUGACUUGCUGGUCUACAAUUCGGUCUCUACUGAUUCCCUCAAGCUGAGCCCAUGGAGUGCCGAAGUUGACACUGCCCUGCAGAGCGUCGGUAACCCUCGCAGUGAUGGCCUUGCUGACUCUUUGCCGACACCUAAGUAUAUCCUGAUGGUCAUAUGUGCGGCAACCUACAGGAUAUGGACUCGCACUCUCUGCACCAAGUCUUCGGCCGAAGUUGCGACGGUUCUCGGUGAGCUCUUGGAUGAGAUUUCGCCCAGUGUCUGCCUGGUUGACGGUGGGAAAGAAUUCGCCAAUUUGCUUAGGCAUUCACCUGCUGAUGUUGCCUCCAUUCUCGCCCAAUUUGGCCUUCUACGAACGCUGCCACAAGGAGUAUCAAAAUGGGUUGAGAGCCAUGCUGCUGGAGACCAAUUCACCGGCUUGCUACUGGUGGAAGUUUCACAGCCUGUGUACCAGGCUGUUAGCAGAUAA